GUCCAAGGUUUGGCCUCUCCCCACUAAACAAAGACCCCCCCCGGAUCCUUCGGCUAAAGUCUAAAGACCUUACCCUCGUUUUUCUUUAUUCCUCCCCAGAAUAUUUUCCUCCAAUUCACCAAAGACCGGAGGUGGAACAAUACCAUACCGUCCUCUUAGCAUCUCUUUCUCUUUGGAGCUUUAUUUUUUUAGGUUUUUUUGGUCACGGCAACAGAAGUCAUCCUUUCUUGGCACGGGGAUUUGAUCUAAUCGUUUUCUUUGCUAUCUCGUGCUGUUCUUUUAGAUCAAAAUCGCUGCUUUCCGACAUGGUUUUGCUUAAUUUUGUCAUCUUUGGUGUUGCCCAUAUCUUACUCCCGGUGGGUACUUCGGCUCUGUCCUUUUCUAAGUUCUCUGGGUUCUGUGUUUCAUCUGAUAUGAGUUUCUUGGAGUGGAGGAGGGCGUAGAGGUGGGUACGAGGAGCUUUUGUUGAGCUUUUCGAUCGAGGGUUUAUGUUAUGAGUGAGAGGGGAGCGGUAGGAUGGGGCGAUGGCGAAAGACUCCUCGCCCAUGGGUUCUCUGCAUCGUGGUGGUUCUUCUGGCCAUCCAUGGAUCAAUAGGCCCAAUUUCAAAUUUUGUACAGCAACUAUCAAGACCAUCACAUGUACAUCCAUGGGCUCACAGAAUACUGCUAUCGGCGACAUCUGGGCCUCCACCCGAUGAAUUGGGCAUGAAGCUUCAGCCCUCAAGCAUGCUGGCUCCAUCCAUUCUUUCACCGCUAGAACCACCAAGUACAGAUCAUGAUCCUUCUCCAUCCUAUAUGAUCCCUCCACUAUCACAUGCUAUGGUGGGAGUGCCUGAGGCUGGGCUUCAUGAAAAAGCAACCAAUAGUAAUUCCCCAGUUCCAGUACCACAUACACUAGGGCAAGCUGUUCCUCCUAAAUCAAUUGCUUUUCCUGUCAUUCAUGGGAAUGGAUAUAGCAUGCCUACUACUGCACCACCUAAGGAAUUAUCCAAUCAUUUGACACCAGCAGAUUAUUCUUUUCCUGAAGGGCCUGCUGUUUCUCCAACAUCAAUUACUUCUCCUACCAUCCAUGGGCAUGGGUACAACAUGCCAGUUGCUGCACCCCAAAAGAAAUCAUCUAGCCAUUUAUCCCCUGUUAAUUAUUUGCACACAAAAGCGCCUGCUGUUUCUCCAACAUCAAUCAGUGUUCCUGCUAAUCAUGGAAAUAGGUACCGCAUGCCUGUUGCUGCACCACCAACAGAUCCAUUCAGCAAUUUAUCCCCUGUAAACAAUUCACAUCCAAAAGGGCCUGCCACUUCUCCGACUUCAAUCACUUCUCCCACUAACCAUAAGAAUAGGUAUGGCAUGCCAGUUGCUGCAGCACCAACAGAAUCAUCCAGCCAUUUAUCCCCUGUAUAUCAUUCACAUCCAAAAGGGCCUGCUAUGUCUCCAAGAUCAGUCAGUUCUCCUGCCAACCAUGGGAAUAGGUAUGACAUGCCUGUUGCUGCACCAUCAACAGAAUCAUCCAGUCAUUUGUCCCCUGUAAAUCAUUUGCUCCCCAAAGUGUCGACUAUUUCUCCUAUAUCAAUCACGUCUCCUGGAAGCCCUCAGAAUGGGCAUGGCAUGCCGGUUGCUGCACCUCCAAAGAAAUUUUCUAGACAUUGGUCCCCUGUAAACUAUUCACAUCCAAAAAGGCCUGGUGUUUCUCUAGCACCCACCACACCUCCUGCCAACUAUGGGAUAUAUGGCAUGCCAAUUCCUGCCCCACCAAAAGAUAUAUCUAGCCAUUUAUCCCCCAAAAAUUAUUUGCACACAAAAGGCUCUUUUCCUAUUAUAAGCCCUGCUCCACAUGAGGCUGAUAGACCCUCAGGUACAGUACAUUCUCCUUUCACUUCGCCUCCCCAACCUCCAAUACAAAGAAGACUUCAUAGCCCUGCACCAGCACCCCUAUUUUUAUUUCGUCAGCCAACAGCUAGAGAAAGAACAGGAAGCCUUGCAUCAGCUCCAUCUCCACAAUCUUAUAAUCCAGGGCCUGUUCAAUCUCCUAUACUUUCUCCUUCUGCAUCUGUCUUAGGAAAGCCACAGGCACCACAGCUUCAACCUUUCCAUUCACUACCACCUCCAUCACCUGGUCGUUCAUCCUUUAUAAACUAUUCACAUCCAAAAAAGCCUGCUGUUUCUCCAACACCCACAAUAUCUCCUGUCAACUAUGGGAGACAUGGCAUGCCAGUUCUUGCACCACCAAAGGAUAUAUCUAGCCAUUUAUCUCCCAAAAAUUAUUCGCACACAAAAGGGUCUGUUCAAUCUCCUGUACUUUCUCCUCCUGCAUCUACCUCAGGAAAGCCACGGGCACCACAGCUUCAACCUUUCCAUUCACUACCACCUCCAUCGCCUGGUCAUUCAUCCCAUAUAAACUAUUCACAUCCAAAAAGGCCUGUUGUUUCUCCAGCACCCACAAUAUCUCCUGCCAACUAUGGGAGAUAUGGCAUGCUAGUUCCUGCACCACCAAAGGAUAUAUCUAGCCAUUUAUCUCCCAAAAAUUAUUUGCACACAAAAGGCUCUUUUCCUGUUAUAAGCCCUACUCCACAUGAGGCUGAUAGAUCCUCGGGUACAGUACAUUCUCCCUUCACUUCGCCUUCCCAACCUCCAGUACAAAGAAGACUUCAUAGUCCUACACCAGCACCCCUAUUUUCAUUUCACCAGCCGACAGCCAGAGAAAGAACAGGAAGCCCCGCAUCUGCUCCAUCUCCACAAUCUUAUAAUACAGCUCCUUCACAUCUUCCAGCGAUACUCCCAAAGUAUAAUCGAGAGCAUCAUGCUCCACCACCUUAUGUUCAAGGGCCUGUUCAAUCUUCUGUACUUUCUCCUUCUACAUCUGCCUCACGAAAGCCAUGGGCACCACAGCUUCGACCUUUUCAUUCACUACCACCUCUAUCGCCUAGUCAUUCAUCCCUUAUAAACUAUUCACAUCCAAAAAGGCCUGUUGUUUCUCCAACACCCACAACAUCUCCUGCCAACUAUGGGAGAUAUGGUAUGCCAGUUCCUGCACCACCAAAGGAUAUAUCUAGCCAUUUAUCUCCCAAAAAUUAUGUGCACACAAAAGGCUCUUUUCCUGUUAUAAGCCCUGCUCCACAUGAGGCUGAUAGACCCUCAGGUACAGUACAUUCUCCUUUCACUUCGCCUCCUCAACCUCCAAUACAAAGAAGACUUCAUAGUCCUGCACCAGCACCUCUAUUUUCAUUGCGCCAGCCGACAGCUAGAGAGAGAACAAGAAGCGUUGCAUCUGCUCCAUCUCCACAAUCUUAUAAUCCAGCUUCUUCACAUCCUCCAGCAGUACUCCCAAAGCAUAAUCGAGAGCAUCAUGCUCCACCACCCUAUGUUCAAGGGCCUGUUCAAUCUCCUGUACUUCCCCCUUCUGCAUCUGCCUCAAGAAAGCCAUGGGCACCACAGUUUCAACCUUUCCAUUCAUUACCACCUCCACCGCAUAGACAUUCAUCCCCUAAAAACUAUUCACAUCCAAAAAGUACUCUUCUCUUUGGGCCUGCUGUUUCUCCGGCACCUGUCACACCUCCUGCCAACUAUGGGAGAUAUGGCAUGCCGGUUCCUGCACCAUCAAGAGAUAUAUCCAGUCCUUUAUCCUCCAAAAAUUAUUCGCACACAAAAGGUUCUUUUCCGGUUAUAAGCCCUGCUCCACAUGAGGCUCAUAGUCCCUCAUAUUCAGUACAUUCUCCUUUCACUUCACAUCCCCAACCUCCAAUACAAAGAAUAUUUCACAGCCCUGCACCAACACCUGUAGUUUCAUUUCGCCAUCCAACAGCUAGGGAAAGAACAGGAAGCCCUACAUCUACUCCAUCUCCACAAUCCCGUUAUCCAGCUCCUUCACAUCCUCCAGCAUUACUUCCAAAGCAUAGUCGAUGGCAUCAUGCUCCACCACCCUAUGUUCAAGGCCCUUCAGUUUCCCAAGCUCCAUUUCAUUCAACGGAUAAUGAAGGAACCCCUGCACCUGCCCCAUCAAAAGUGUUCCCAUCUACCCAAAAUAAAGGGCCUGUUCAAUCUCCUGUACUUUCUCCCUCUGCGUCUGCCUCUGGAAAGCCAAGGGCAUCACAGCUUCAACCUUUCCAUUCAUUACCACCUCCACCACCUAAUCUAGACUGUAAAACCCCAUUAUCUUGCCCAGAGCCUUCGACAAAUAGCCCUCCAGGAUCACCAUGUGCUUGUGUCAUGCCAAUAAGAGUUGGACUUCGUCUAAGCAUUGCAUUAUAUGCAUUCUUCCCUUUGGUCUCUGAGCUUGCCCAAGAAAUUGCAUCUGGGGUUUCCAUGAAACAGAGUCAGGUCCGCAUCAUGGGAGCAAAUGCUACAAGUGAGGAAUAUGACAAAACUAUUGUGCUCAUUGAUCUGGUUCCCCUCGGAGACAAAUUUGAUUACACUACAGCAUUUUUAGUCUAUGAGAAGUUCUGGCACAAGCAGGUUUUCAUAAACGCCUCAUCUUUUGGGGAUUAUGAUGUAUUAUAUGUUUACUAUCCAGGGCUUCCUCCAUCACCGCCUAUUGCACCUGGAAAUAUUGAUAAUGGUAAUGGUAAUGACAAGAAUUCUAGUACGAUAGAUCCUCUUGCGGCUGAUGUCAGAAAGCAAAAAGAAAGACAAAAUGGCACUGUGAUAGCUAUCAUAGUUGUUGCAGCUGUUAUAGCAUUGGCAUUAUGUGUUGGGGCGGCAUGGGUUUUCUUGUUGAAGCAUAGAGAACUUUCUCAUUUGCCAAUAAUAACCCCACAGAUGUCGCUACCUCCAUUUUCAAAGGCAUCAGUUGCAGGGAGUGUACCCACAAUACCUGGAAGUAGGCCCAGUUCUGCCUCAGCGUCCUUCAACUCUAGCAUUGCAACAUGUGCCGGAUCGGCAAAAACAUUCAGCCUGGCCGAGAUGGAAAGAGCUACAAACAAAUUUAAUGAUUCACAAAUUAUUGGUGAAGGUGGUUUUGGACGCGUGUAUGAAGGCACUCUUGAAGAUGGAAGAAAAGCGGCCAUUAAGGUGCUCAAGAGAGAGGAUCAGCAUGGUGGCCGAGAAUUCUUGGCCGAGGUUGAGAUGUUGAGCCGCUUGCAUCACAGAAACUUGGUAAAGUUGAUUGGUAUAUGCACAGAGGAGCAUGUCCGCUGUUUGGUCUAUGAACUUGUUCCAAAUGGUAGCGUGGAAUCUCAUCUUUAUGGAGCACAUAAGCAAAGUGCUCCACUUGACUGGAAUGCCAGGCUGAAGAUUGCACUUGGAGCUGCUCGAGGUCUAGCAUAUCUGCAUGAAGAUUCAAGCCCACGUGUCAUACAUCGUGAUUUCAAAGCCAGCAACAUCUUGUUGGAAGAUGACCUCACUCCCAAAGUGUCUGAUUUUGGCCUAGCCAGAACAGCUCUAGAUGAGGGAAAUGAGCACAUUUCAACACAUGUUAUGGGAACUUUCGGUUAUUUAGCUCCAGAAUAUGCAAUGACGGGGCAUCUCCUUGUCAAGAGUGAUGUUUAUAGCUAUGGUGUUGUCCUCCUCGAGCUCUUAACAGGAAGGAAGCCAGUGGACAUGCUGCGACCUCCAGGGCAAGAAAAUUUAGUGACAUGGGCUCAUCCACAUCUUACUAGUAAGGAUGGAUUGGAGACUAUCAUAGAUCCAUCUCUCGGCACCAUUCCAUUUGAUAGCAUGGCAAAAGUAGCAGCCAUUGCUUCAAUGUGUGUUCAGCCUGAAGUUAAUCAGCGUCCAUUUAUGGGUGAGGUAGUUCAAGCCUUAAAAUUGGUCUGCAAUGAGGGCAAUGAACAUAGAGGAUCAGGAAGCUUCAGCCAGGAGGAGACAUCUACUCAGGAUAUGGAAAUAAGGAUCAGUACAGGGUUGGAUCUGGAGCUGGAGAGGGUGAUAUCAGCAUCUGAUAUAUUCAGUACUUCAGCAAGGUUUACAAGGGAUGUUUCUGGAUCUUUCUGGAGGUAUUCAAGGUCGGGCCCUCUCAGAACAGGUAGGAGCGGGCAAUUUUGGAAUAAAGCAAGAGGCUUGUUAUCAGGAAGUGCGAGUGAGCAUGGGAGAUUUGGCACCAGUUUGGAGAAUGGCGGUUAGUGGGUGUAGGAAUACUUGGUCCCCUUUCAUCUGCUGAAGAGAUCCAUUGUCAAUCAACAUAAUCAGCACGGCAGCUCACCAUGCUCUAAGGCAAGUGAGGUUCAAGAGUCCAUGAAGGUUCAGAAGGCUCUUAUACAUCAAAAGUGAAGCAGCAGUCCCCAAGAAAUUGGAAAAGUUCAUAGUGGGGAUGUUUUGCAGCUCAUCCUCUCGAAACAAAACAUGAUUGAGACAAGAAGGGUUGUUCUUUUGGGCAUAAAUAGAUAUUUUGACUAAUGGAGUUGCUAUUUUCAAAGAAGCUCCCUUUGUUAUUCCAAUGAUUGUCCAGUGGCAAUGACAUUAUUGUUUCCAUUUUGCUUUCUUCUGACGGGAGUUCUGGAUUUUGGUUGAUGAGAAUCCUUCUAUAGUUGGAACUGAAAUAAGGCUGCUGCUCCAAGUAAAGAACUGAUUUUGACUCUUUGUGAGUUUAUCUGUCUUCACUGAUUAAUCCAUUCAAUUGUCAUUAUUGGUAUGUGCAAUUUCUUAUUCUCGCUAUUCAAGUCUUGUAACCUUGGAUUUGUGCUUGAUAAUGCAGUUCAUAUUUCCAAUAA